UCUGCCACCAGGGGGUGCCUUUAGGAUGAUGGCACCAGCCGACAGGUUGCCACGCCUGCUCCCUGAGAAUGUAGCCCUGCCAUCUGGACCACAGCAAGAAGGGGAGGAGGAGCAAGAGGACAUUGUGCAAUUGGUGAAUCCCUUCAACAUGAGGCUCAACACGUUGAACUGUUUUCCGUCGUCCGCAAUGACAAAUAGAACCAACAGCAGGACCCACCUGAUGGCUCUACACCGAGCAAAAAUCGGUUCAAUAACAAGUGCAGCAAAGACUCUGGACCUCCUGAGGCAGAAUCUACAGAAUAGCAUUAGCCAGGAGAUAGAUGCAGUGCUGCAGAAAUAUCUAGAUAAAUACUUCAGCCCCUGUUUUGCCAACAUCAAGAAGAACAAUGGUGAUGAUGCCGUAUCAGAGGAUCACAUUCAGACAGUCUGCAGACAGGUGCUAGAAGAGGCUAAGAAGCUCUACUCCUCCCCCACGCGCAGCAGCACACCGGUGGCAGACGUAUCCGACACAGAAAGCAUUACGGGCUUCAGAAUGCAGCGACUUAUCAACAAGAAUAUUCCUGGUUAUUUAAAAAGAGGGGCAGGCCAUGUAUCUGACACAGAUUCUGAUGCCAGCCAGCCAGUGAAUAGAUACAAGCGAAAAGGAAAAUUUCCGUUCAACAGCUCAGGGCGCAGCACUCCAUCCAAGAUGAGUAAGUCGGUUGAGGUGGUGAAGAGAGAGGCACCAACGUGGGACUCGGAGCGGCUAACCCCGGACACGCUAUUCGUGAUGGGAGCCAAAGCAAACAAGUCUCUAGGGUUGGGAGCGACAAGGGGUAGAGUCUACAUAAAACACCCCGAGUUGUUCAAGUACUCGGGUGAUGCUGACGAUAAAGUGUGGCUGUGUGAGCAAAAGCUGAUGCCAGCGACGGGAGGAAAGGCGUACCUGUUAAUUGAACAGGACAUUCGCGACCUUGCAGAGACUAACGAGUACAGGAGCCAGCCGGGCCUGAUGCUGGACAUACUGCGUGGCUUCACCAUUCCAGAGAGGAUGCUUGUGAAGAUUAAGCUCUACAUGGAAGCGAUGAGAACAGACAGCGACAGCGUGACGAAAGUGCCGUCGUCGAGCCGUCUGCCUUUCGAAAAAUUUCUCGCCAAGAUGGAGCCAUCGGAGGCUGGAGAGGAGGAUGAGAUGAGCAGUGAGGCUGGUCGCGGCACGCCAUCUAAAAUGGAGGCUAGGAGCUCUGGUGCUACCUCGCCUGGAGACAACCUGAGUUCGGAGUCACACAACCCGUCACCUCUCGGCCCAUUCGCGGACCUAGAUACUGCCUGCCACGUAUCGUCCGCUCUAUUGUCGAGUGGUUCUUUGAUGUUAGACGACCAUGGUCCAAUGACGGGGCCAUUUGAUAUAAGUUAAUUAUAAUAUUACUGUGCCGGAAAUUAUUUUAUUUCAUAAAGGUUUUACGGUAAGAAAUGUUUGUGGUAUAUAGUCACAAAUCAAGUGUGAUAUAUGAUGAUUGUGGAUAGGUCUUAGCUUUCCCCCUCCCCUAUUCUAAACCUGCCUGAUAAUAUCGUAAUACGUGAAGGAAAUCGGUCGUGCACCAUGUACUUUGGCUAUUAACACAGGAAAACUAGUUGUACUUUGGAAGUUUUUCUUGUGUGGUUUUGCCAUAUUGCUACAUAGUGGGGUUGCGAUCAGCUGAGGAACCUAUGCCAUUCAUUUAAAGAUCUCUAACUGCGGGGUUGUAAAUUUUUCGUUGCUUUGUCAGUCGAAUGACAUUAUUGGUUGUCAGGUCUCGGUCUUAUACCGUGUGGUCGGUUGUGUAUCCUGUAUGCGGUCACCUCUACUCGGUUCUACAAUCUGUUACAAUUCUUUCCACUUUACAGUCUGAUACAAUGUAUUGCAGUCCUUCUACUUAUGAUUCAGUCUGAUACGGUGUAUUACACUCGCCCCUAUAUUGUGUCACAGUCUGAUACCAUGUGCUAAUGUCCCUUACAUUGUGUCAUAAUCUGAUACAAUGUGUUAUAGUCCCUGGUUACCUGCUAAGUAUCAGGGCAGUAUGCCACAGUUUUCUGUCAACGCCGGCUACGGGGCCCCUAUAACACUAUAUGUUGAACUCUCUAUUUAUAAUGAUUAAUCGUAAUCAUCCCACCUAAUGAGUUAUUGUUUGUUUGGGAUCGGUUUGUUCGGCUGCUAAUGUUUUGCACUGUUUGCACGCGAAGCAAAUGCGAAACCCACUGCUUCUUCCUCGUGUGGAUGAGUGAGUGCGUGCAUGCGCAAGUGCAUUGGGUGUCAGAGAUUAUAUAGCUAGCAGGAGGAGGGCUGGGGGCAGUUGCUGCCAAGGCAAAUGUAUAUACUAUCAGGAGUGUCAUAAUAUCGAUGAUAGAUUAUCAGGAGUGUAUAAUAUAUAUAUAUAUACAUAUAUAUAUAUACAACAUCUCUAAAAAAUGCCAUCUCUGUUUAGCAGAAAAACUUUAUAUUACUAAAGCCGACAAAUCCAGGCUACUUAAUAGAAGAUCAGAACUAAUUUCGAAGUGCCGGCACGAGAACAAAUAUUACCUAAUGAACAUGAAGAGCACAGGAGAAACUGGAGAAUCCUCAUCAUAUUAACUAACACAC